AUGUGGCUCCUUGCUGCACACCAGGUGCUAAGGAAAAUGCAGAGACGCCACAGCAGCAACACAGACAACAUUCUCCCGGAAAGAAGUCGCAGCCAGGCGCUCAGCCCUGAGGCCAGCGUGGAUGAGGGUGGUGUAUUUGAGAGCUUGAAGGCAGAGACGGCCUCCCCUCCUGCGCUCUUCUCAGGCCUGGCAGGUGGCCUGCCUGCCAGCCCCUUCCCAGCAGGCCUGGUGCUGGGGUCCACCGCGGGUGGCGGGGAUGUCUUCAUCCCUAUGCCAGCUACCAGGGAUGAGGCCGGAGGCCGCAGCCCCGAAGGAAGCACCUACCACCACCGCCAGGCCCACCACCACUUCCACCACGGCGCCCACCGCGGGGGCUCCCUGCUGCAGCACGUGGGUGGGGACCACCGUGGGCACUCGGAGGAAGGGGUCGACGAGCAGCCCGGAACCCCGGCACCCGCACUGUCUGAGCUGAAGGCUGUGAUCUGCUGGCUUCAGAAAGGACUGCCCUUUAUCCUCAUCCUGCUGGCCAAACUGUGCUUCCAACACAAGCUGGGCAUUGCUGUCUGCAUUGGGAUGGCCAGCACCUUCGCCUACGCAAACUCCACCCUGCGGGAGCAGGUGUCCUUGAAGGAGAAGAGAUCAGUUCUGGUCAUCUUGUGGAUUCUGGCCUUCCUGGCAGGAAACACACUGUACGUCCUUCAUACCUUCAGCUCCCAACAGCUCUACAGCAGCCUCAUAUUCCUGAAGCCCAACCUGGAGACACUGGACUUCUUUGACCUGCUGUGGAUCGUGGGCAUCGCCGACUUUGUGCUGAAGUAUAUCACCAUCGCCCUCAAGUGCCUCAUCGUGGCCCUGCCCAAGAUUAUCCUGGCCGUCAAGUCCAAGACAACCGGCGUGAUGGUUCUGCUCAUCACUCUCCUCUGCGCCCUACGGCUAAAACCCCGUUCCUAG